AUGUUUCCAUUUAAUGAACAAAAUGCAAAAAAACAAGCUUUUGUUGAUAAAGCUAAAGCCGAAAGGGAACAAAGAGAAAAACAACGUAUAAAACAAAAGGAGGAGCAAAAGCUAUCAAAUUCCGCAAUUAUUAUACAAAAAUUUUUUCGUAAACACCUAAAUAAAAAACAAAAUUUAAAGAAUUUACGCAACUCAUGGGAUAUCGAUACAGGUUUUUCAAUCGACUGCAACAAAUCAAAUGAUAAUUCUGGUAAUAUCACACAAAAACGUUCAACGGAAAUUCUUUUACUCGCAAAAUUAUUAUUCGGUUUUUUCAACCCAAAACAAGAACCGUUAGAUAAUGUCAGGUUUUCACAUUUAUGUAAAUUAAUCUUAUCAACUACUCCAAAUCCCUCCCAUAAAGGAGAUCAACCUAAUAAAAUAGUUGUCCCAUUUCAUUUUUUAUUGAUAAAUGAACGUUACGGAAAUUCCACUUUGAAUUUAAUGAAAAAAAUUCUUUGGCAAUGUGUCGAAAGAAUAAUUGGGCAUGUGGAUCCUGAAAAUAGUCAGACAAAUUCUUUGUAUCUUUCCGGAACUGAAAUAAGACUUUUAAUUCAUUUUCUUAAUCCUGUGAAUUAUGUAAUCAAAGGAAAUUUACCAAAUUCUCCCAAUUUAACGAAUUCUAUCACCACAUUAUUAAGUCAAAAAUUAAUUAUAUUUCAUAAUUUUCUUUCACAAAAAGGAUUUUACAUAUUAAUAGGUUCAGGAAUGUCUCUUAGGGUCAAUUCAUUGUUAACUCUAAAAUCUCGUGCAAUGAAAGUAAAGCUUUCAACAGAUGAUGAAAAAAAAUUGAAUUCAACGAAUUUAUGGAUCUUGGCUUGUAUAAAGUGUUGCCUAUUUUUAUUAGAUUCAAAUGUAGAAGGAGGACAUUCGCAAACAUCUACAGAACAACUUGUUCAACAUUAUAGCGAAAAGAACAAGUUAAUCAUGUUUAUAAUUCAUAUAAUGUCGACUCCUUGCCUUAUAUCUUCUUUAGAUGAUAGUUGUUUAGAUAUGUUAAGAAAAUGGAAUAUUCCAACAAAAAUUAUCGAAACAAUGAGUGACAAUGAUUCUUUAUUACAAAUUUUAAAUGGACUAACAGGAAAUGAUGCAAUAUUUUUGAUGGGAAAUAUCGUUGGACUUUUUUCAAAGUCAGAUUUAAUCGGUUUAUCGUUAAGUGAAACUCCAUCGAAAACAAAGGAAAAUACUUCAAUACGAAUUCAUGAUUUUAUCGAAAUUAUAACUUCUUUACUUCAACAUUGUCAUAAAUUUGUUUCAUCUAAAAAAUCAAAUACACAUUAUCAAUAUCAUCCUAUAUUUAAAUGGUAUGCUGGAAAACACGAUUCAAACAUUCCAAAUUCACAUUUUACUUUAGUCAUAACGCAGCUUGAAUAUUUAUGGGAAAAACUUUUUAUACUCAAAGCGUUUGAUCAUAUUUUGAAUUUUAAAUCUACGAUUAAAAAUCAAA